AUGGCUUGGGAAUCUGAUGAGUAUGCACAGGCUCUGCUUGCUCUUGCACGUUCACAGCCGUCCAACUCGCCAACUCCGAUUAGUGCUCCUGGCGUCUUGUGUUCUCCCAACACCUCAUUUGUGCCACAACCCACCUAUCAUGGGCAGCACGUGUGGGGAGAUCCAGCAUAUGGCACUAUGCAACACCAGCCACUGGCACACUCGACGACCGUCAACAGCACUUCAGGAACCAGCGCUUGA